CGGGGAAGGGUAUUAAAGAGUAGUUUCCGCAUUAAAGUCGCCAAACAACCGUCCUGCCAUGGCAACAGCGCAAAUCUGUGUCCUCUUUAUUCUCUUUUCUGUAACUUUAGCAGAAGACGUUAAAUUAAAGUAUAAACCAGCCACCAAACCUGUCCGGUUAUUCACUGAGGAGGAGCUGAGGAGGUACGACGGCAGCGACGAGGCACAACCUAUUUACAUGGCAGUAAAAGGAGUGGUGUUUGAUGUCACCAAGGGAAAAGAGUUUUAUGGUAAAGAUGCUCCAUACAACACGCUGGUCGGUAAGGACUCCACUCGAGCUGUGGCUAAGAUGUCCCUGGAUCCAGCAGACCUGACAUCAGAUACUGCAGGCCUCACUGACGAGCAGCUGAAGUCUCUCGAUAGCAUAUUUGAAGGCACGUACAAAGCAAAGUAUCCCAUUGUGGGUUACACAGCGUCACGCAUCCUCAACGACGACGGAAGUCCCAACGAAGACUUCAAACCAGAGGACCAGCCUCAUUUCCAGAUCAAAGAUGAGUUCUAAGCUCAUUCCCCUGUUUGCAAAAUAUAGUUGUUUCAGAUCGUCUUGUAAUCGAGCUUUUAUUUUGUUAGCUUUUUGAUAAAUGUCCUCUUCACUUGAGUAGAAUCAGAAUCAAAUAUGCAAAGUGUCGUACAUGUUCAAGAGGAGAACCACAUACAAAUGAUGAACACUUUCUAUUCAUAUUUACUUGAACUGAAGGUUUACAUGGUUAUUUAUCAGCUGUCAGAGCUUUAAUGUACAAUGACCCUAAGAAACGAUUUCAAUACAUAAUUUUUAAAUAUGAAAAUAAUUGUUCUCUUCUAUUGAACUGUGGGAAAUUUCACCUUGAGCCUUUGUAUCACAGCAGUGAAUUUUAUUUAAUAGCAAUGUUACUGCUCUACAUUUGUCAGAGCAAUAAGAACAAAUUAAGUUAAAACAAACACAAACUAUUUGAUUUAAAUCGUAGAGAGACACAACAGAAGUGAAACUCAAAUGAAUGAAACACCUUAUGUCUACUCAGAGAAGGGGGGAGGGGCUGACACACUGGAUGCAAUAAACUUACUGAAUAUCAGUGCUAAUAUUUCCUUGAAUUUUAUUUUAGCAGGGCUACUACUAACAAUCAUUUUAAUUAGUGAUAGUGAUUAAUCACUUAAUCGUUCAGUUCACGAUAUUAUAAAAAACAUACAGCUAUGGAAAACAGAUUUAUUGUUUGAUUAAUGACACCAGGAACAAUCAGAAGUGUUGCAGAUUAUUUUUCUCUUGAACCACAUUGAUUAAAUGUUGUCACUAAAUACGUUGUAGAAUAUUACAGAAUAUUUUUGUGAUUUAAAAGCUGUGAAUCUGCUGCUCAGUGAGUGUUUACAUGAUCAGAAUCAGUCCACUGGUUUUCUACCUGGAUUUUUGUUUUUGUACAAUUAUCAUUAAAGUCUAUAAAUCUC